CGGAGCACCGUGUAUAUGUCUUGUGCUUUCAGGGGCGGUCUGGGAGUGAACUUCGUGUGCAAGCGAGGUAUGCUGGCUACAGUGGCCCGCACACCAUUCAGCACCGACCAAAGCUGGCUGGUCUCUGCCACGCGUUACAAGGACACCCUCUACUUGUGCAAGUUCAAAAGGGAAUAUGAAGGACCUUGGGAUCCUAAGUAUGCAAGGGUCGAGCAGAAGAUGAACUUUUGGGGCCACAAGUUUGAACAGUACAUGACAUCUGAUCGGCCAGGCGCAGCUCCUGACACCAACGGCCCCCUGCGCACCGGCGACCAGUUCUACAUUGUGCUGAAAGGGAGGUUGGAGUCCCACUCGCUACUCUUCUCGGCUGAAGUGGACGCCAUUGACAACGAUGUGCCGCAAGAGCCCGGGUCCACUGCCGCUUACGUCGAGUUCAAGACCUCCAGAAUCUUAACUCAUCCGAACCAGGAACGCAACUUCUUCGGGAAGAAGCUCCUGUCUUGCUGGAGCCAGUCUUUCCUGGCAGGCGUUCCUAGGAUCGUGUUUGGCUUUCGGACUGCGGAUGGCGAGGUGCAAUCCGUGGAAGAAUUCAGCGUCGAGGAGAUGCCCUCUCUCGCCGAGGGCCAGUGGUCGGACAUGGUCUGCCUGAGCUUUCUCGACAAAAUGCUGUCAUUUGUAAAGGAGUGCGUGACCGAAGACGACCCAAACGUGGUGUAUCUCUUUACUUAUAAUCCCAAAGAAGACUCAAGAGUGGUCUGCAAGAAGCUUUCUGAUCCAGGCAAAUUUCACAUCCUAACGUCUUCGUAUUUGGAUGCCUUCUCUCAUUGAUUUCGUACUAAAAAAAAAAAGGCUGUUUAAGGAAGUAUGGUGGAAUAGGGUGUUUUCCCCGACGUCAUUUCGUCCACCAUGUUGUUAUGAGCAAUCUGGCGCGUGCAGAGUGCGAGCACUUUUAAGAUUCACAUCACACCCUCAAAUUGGUUAUGAACAAAAGUUUAAAGUUCCAUCACGCUGACAUCUAACGACAAAAUGGCGGAUCGACGUCACAUGAAAGCACCCUGUACUAUGUUUCAUACUUAGUGCACAGCGCUGUCAAAGCUGCUGGUGCGAGCAUGGGGUUUGGUCUCGCAGAUCAUUUGCGCGCGUUCUUGCGCAAACGAAACAAGAGAUAAAGCCACGCACCCGCGCAGGUAGCUUCUACAGCGUUCGAUUCUAAAUAUGAAACGGAGUAUAGGAGGUAUUCACUGGACGCCAUAUUUAAGGGCGAUGUAUAGAGCGCAUGUUCAGAACGAGCUCACAUUAAUAGCCUGCUAAGACCGGCAAGCUUGGGGGUGCUAGAUGCACGCUCCAAAAGGACUGCGGAAGCUCGCCGUCAGCACGCGCUCAGCAGCCGCGCAGACAGAUAUGGCCGCCAGUGAAUACUCCCUAUGGUAAACAUUGUUUCUCGAGACAUGUCGUUGGCCAACAAUACACCAACAAAAUCUGUUUUUCGUAAAGACGGGUCACACUGCUCAUACAUCAUCUGCAUACUGAUCCAAACGCGAGUCACCGCGAGAUCUGUGCUUCGAAUGCCUCCUGGCAUUGAGUUCAAGGAGAAACUUGGCUCGCGGCAUUCGAACCACGGAUAUUGCGGUGACUCAUGUUUGCAGACUGCCUUUUGUAUGAUGUAUAAGAAGAGUGACCCCGGCUUUACUAUUGUCAUGCUGGACAUACAACAUCAAAUGUCUUUUUUUUCUUCUGAUAAGUUUUAUACUGUUCAAGUUUCAUAUGAAGCACUCACCGUGGCUUAUUGUAUUCAAGGAUUUGUUUGUAUUGCCUCAUGGAAAAUGAAAGAUCACUUGAAUUAUUUCCGAGUAGGUUGUAUCACCAAAGCCUUAGAGAAAUUUUAAAUAAAAUGCAUUUCAAAUAAA